AGGGGCCUGUGCCCUAAGCUGCCUGGGUAAGGCCCAACAUGGCCGCUCCCAGCUCGGUACCCUUGUGGGGCUAGUGGGGACUGUCACCUCUGUCAUCUCCUUUGAGAUCACACCUGGCCCUCAUUCUGGGGCUUUUUUGGUGUUCCGUUGAGAGACAGACAAGAGCAAUGACGGGGUUUCUCUCUUGGGCAGGUAGAGGCUUGUGGGGCUUGGUGCCCUUCGCCUGCAGAAGCUUCUCUAUGGGUGUUCCGCGAUUGUCCGUCCGUAUAAGGCUCACCCUCCCGCCCCGCAAAGUGGUUGAUCGGUGGAACGAGAAGAGGGCCAUGUUCGGAGUAUAUGACAACAUUGGGAUCCUGGGAAACUUUGAAAAGCACCCCAAAGAACUAAUCAAGGGCCCCAUAUGGCUUCGAGGCUGGAAGGGGAAUGAAUUGCAGCGUUGUAUCCGGAAGAAGAAAAUGGUUGGAAAUCGAAUGUUCUUUGAUGACUUGCAUAACCUUAACAAACGUAUCAGCUACCUCUAUAAACACUUUAACCGACAUGGGAAGUAUCGGUAGAAUAGAAAGCUGGGAACUGUGGAAGAGGCACAUCCGUCACCCUGGAGAAGGGGAACAGAACUUUUCCUUAUGAGAAAAGUGUUUCGUAUUUUUCUGUAAUAAAACGAGGCUUCUUUGAAAUCUGA